AUGAUAAGUAGAUUUACUGGUGCUUCAAGAAGAUCCUCCUCUUCAUCCUCAUCCUCUCAUUCUUCUUCUCACCAAGUUCCACCCACACAACAACAAACUAGAAAUUACUCCACCUCAUCCACUCCACAACAACAAGCUAGACCUCAACAACAAACCACAACCCCACCACCACCACAAUAUCAACAAGCUCCUGUUCAAAGCGGAGGUUCUGGUAUUAUGGGAAAUAUUGUUUCCACGGUUGCUUUAGGUACUAUGAUCGGACAUGCUAUUUAUGAGUUCAGUUUCUAA